AUGCAUGGUAAGAGCCCUGUUCAAGUUAAUAUGGAGAAUCUACCUCAGAUGAAAUCUAUUUGGUUGGAUGAAGACCAAGAAGCAGAGAAAUUGUAUGGGCUGCAGACUCAACAGUUUAUGAACUCGGGCACCGAGGAUGAUAAUGGUAUGGCAAUUAUGACAGUCAAUAGUAACAAGCCAUUGCUAAAUAAUAAGAAAAAUAUUAGACUCCCACCAUUGGUAAAACAACGUGUUUAUGUACCAUUGAAUAACCAUGACGCAAAGUUUAGUAAGAAAAAGAAAUUUUUAGGUUUAUUCAAUUUGAAAGAUAUUCAAUCGCAUCAGAAACAUUCUGACAAAUCCACUAGUCCACUUGGUAAUAGAAAUAUUUCAGGACCUUAUCAGUUCCAACAUAUUUCUCAUUGUGCUUUAUCUACGAAUAAAACCAAACAAGAUGAUUCAAUGAGAGGAGCAGAAAGAAUCCCUUCUCCAGAGAGAGAAAAUCAGAACACAACACAGUCACAACAUACACUUCUACUCCAUACAUUACCACCACCAUUUCAAGAUCUUGAAAAGAAACAAAGUGCUUCAUCUUCAAUUUAUUCUUCUCAAGAAGUUGAGCUUGAUGAACCACAAAGUAAAAAUAUACAGGAAAAUUUUAUGCGAAGUUCAGAAUCUGCUGGGCACACCAGAUCACGCUCAUUAGAGCCUUCAAAACCACCUACAAUUUUAGAGGAAUUGUUAAACAAACAAGCUAAUACUGAUUUCAUAAUUUCUGAAGAAAAUAAAACACAUUCUAUAUCAUCCCAGUCUGGAUUCGAAAUUACUCCAGGUAGCACAAGAAUAAAAUCCACUUCAUCGAUGGCUACUUCAAUAGGUGAUAUAUCUUUUAGUCCAUCUACAGUUGGUAUAGAUAGAAUGAACACUUUAGAAAAAUUCCGUAUGGCAAGGAAGAAAGGUCAUUCUCGUAAUAAUUCUGCAAGUAGUAAUGAAAUUAAUGUCGAUUUCCUGAAAAAUUAUGAUUUUCCAACUUUACUAGAAGACAAGGAAAUUCUCAAGUUUUCAUCUUCUGUUAAUAAUAUAACUUUGAAGAAUCAAUCUCAAACAACAAUUAGCAUGGGUCAUACAGAAUCUCCACAAAUUUCAAGUUUAUCGAGAUUAAGAAGAAAUUCAGAUUCAUUAUUAAUCACGACUCCCAAAACAGAAAUUCAUUGUUUCGAAGGAACUCCUGGCUCUCGUAAGUCUUUGGAUGAUAUCUUAUUAUGCUAUUUCAAUGACGAAGAUAGCAAUAAUCCAUCUCCAAGUAAAGUAACAGAUUCAGUAAUGCUAUCUGCAAAGUUGUAUCAAAAAGAAUUUCCCAUGGAAUCAUCUAAACUGGGGCAGAAAGAAUGCACAAUAAAUUCUACAGAUAUAGCUCAAAAGGAAUUUCAGUUUGAAAUUUGA